AACAGAAGGACAUAAUCAGCGCGGUAAGUUUGCAGAACCUUACAGCCUGUCUCGGCCAGCAGGGAGCUCGCUUCUUUCAGCUUUUCUGAGGUUGCAAAGUCCACUCCACUCACCAUGUCUGACACUGAGGAAGUUGAUCAGGUCGAGGAAUACGAUGCUGUAGAAGAGGAGGUAGUAGAGGAAGUAGAGGUGGCCCCUGAGGCGGCCCCUGAGGCAGAGCCAGAACCAGAACCAGAGCCAGAGCCAGAACCAGUGGUAGAACCAGAGCCAGAACCAGAGCCUGAGCCUGAGCCUGAGCCUGAAGAGGCCAUUGAAGAGGAAGAGGAGAAGCCAAAGUUCAAGCCCAGCGCUCCCAAGAUCCCCGAGGGUGAGAAAGUGGACUUUGAUGACAUCCAGAAAAAACGUCAGAACAAGGACCUGAUUGAGCUGCAGGCCCUGAUUGAUGCUCACUUUGAGUGCAGGAAGAAGGAGGAGGAGGAGCUGAUCGCCCUCAAGGACAGGAUUGAGAAGCGUCGUGCCGAGAGGGCUGAGCAGCAGAGGGUCCGUGCUGAGAAGGAGAAGGAGCGCCAGGCCAGACGUGAGGAGGAGAGGCGGAUCAGGGAGGAGGCUGAUGCCAAGAAAAAGGCUGAUGAAGAGGCCAAGAAGAAGUCAGCUCUGUCCAGCAUGGGCUCCAACUACAGCAGCCACCUGCAGAGAGCUGACCAGAAGAGAGGAGGCAAGAAAGAGACUGAGAGAGAGAAGAAGAAGAAGAUUCUGGCCGCCAGACGCAAGCAGCUGAACAUCGACCACCUGAAUGAAGACAAGCUGAAGGAUAAAAUCAAUGAGCUGUAUGAAUGGAUGCGUCAGCUGGAGUCUGAGAAGUUCGACCACAUGGAGAGACUGAAGAGGCAGAAGUACGAGGUUCUCACAUGCAGGAACCGCAUCGAUGAGUUACAGAAGCACAGCAAGAAGGGAGCCGCCGCUCGCCGCAGGAAGUAGAUCAGUUCGCCUCGUCGCUACUCAGAAACCAAACUGCGAUCGUCUCGGACACAUGCCUGAUGAAAGAACGCACACUGUGGAAAAGGUCUUAGCUCAGAAGAAGCCAGUAAUGCUGAGGUUCACCCUGAAGUUUUCAACCCAAAUCCUAAUAAAAGCAACCAGGAGCCUUUAGCUGCUGCUCAAUAGGAAUAAAAAAACUAGUAAAACUUGUUUGUCGUCAGGUUUCCUCACCCUCCACUGUUUGGUUCUCAGUAUUUUUGUAAAUAAAGUGUGACUCUUCAAGCCA